AUGUUCACGGAUCUCAUUACUUCCAGCAAGUUGGGUAUUCUAGCCGCCCUUCCAAUCCUCUACUGGAUCGGCUGGGUUAUUUACGCACGCACUCUACACCCAUUGAGCAACAUUCCCGGUCCAUUCUUGGCGACGGUCUCUCGACUAUGGUACAUACGGAAAAUUUGGUCAGAGGAUGUGGAAAAGGAUGAGAGGGCCCUACACGAGAAAUUCGGUCCUUUGAUUCGCAUUGCGCCGGAUGAAGUGUCAUGCUCCGAUCCUGACGCAUUUGCAGAUAUUUAUCGCUUUUCCAACGCUUUGGAUAAGGCCGAGUUCUACAGACCCUAUAACACCACCGGGUUCAGCCCCCACGGAGACGUGUUCUCAUGCAAGAACGACAAGAAGCAUGGCCAGAGACGCAAGAUUACCAGUAGUGUCUACUCAAUGAGCAAUGUAGCCAAGUCGGAACAGUAUAUUGAUGCUUGUGGCGAUCUUUUGACCGAGCGGUUGGCAAAAUUUGCGGACACAGGCAAGCCCUGUGACAUCGGGGAGUGGCUGCAUUGGUACACUUUCGACAUCAUCGGUGAGCUCUUUUAUGGCAGGGCAUUCGGCUUCCUUGAUGAAGGCAAGGAUCAGAAUGAUUGGAUCAAAUCUCUCGAUAAGAUGAUUCCCUUUGUCUGUCUCAUGGGCGUUGCGCCGCCAGCUCUCCGACCUUUCAUCGGCAUCGGAACCAUGCUCACGUCCGCCGGAAAGGAAAUUGCGAAGGGAGUGAAGAACAUUGGCGAAUCCUCCGCGCGGCUUAUGAAGGACGCGUACGAGUCACGCCUCGAGGCCCCAAGGACCGAUAUGGCCCAGCAGGUAUUCGCCAUCUACGAAAAGAAUGGCGAAAAGUACGACUACCGAUGGGGCGACGUCGAGCAGGAAUCGUACGGCGCGCUUUUUGCCGGCAGUGAUACCACCGCGAUCGCCUUUCGAUCCCUUUUCUACCACCUCAUGCACAACCCUGACAUCUAUCGCCGCCUCGAGGCUGAAAUCGACCAGGCCGUCAGCGAGAGUCGGCUGAGUAUGCCUCCUGUAUACAAAGAUGCAUCCCAGCUUCCUUACCUGUGCGCGUGCAUCAAAGAGGCCUUGCGCAUCCACCCCGGAGCACAGCUCUCUCUACCACGUACUGUGCCUCCACAAGGAAUGACAAUCAGCGGACAGUUCAUUCCUGGCGGCUACACUGUUGGCAUAAAUGCCGCUGUGCUGCACUUCGACAAGAAAGUGUUUGGUCAGGACGCGGAGAGCUUCAACCCCGAUCGAUGGUUGGACACUUCCCGUGCCAACUACAUGGACAAGUAUAUGAUGGCCUUUGGUGGUGGCACCCGCACUUGCCUGGGCAAGAACAUUGCUCUCAUCGAAUUACACAAGCUCACUCCUCACCUUGUGUGGAACUAUAGGUUCGAGUUCUACGACCAGAACAAGACCACUUGGCAUACAAGGAACACCUUCUUUGCACGACAGGAGGGGGUAGUCGCUCGCAUUGUAAAAAGAAGGAAUUAG